UUGAGCCUGGAUGCUGAGGAAAAGAAAAUGUUUGAUGAGGAAUCUGCUGAGCUGUUGAACUGGAUGAUUAAAUCCAGGGCUGUCAUUUUGUCCACAGAGAUCAGUAACUACAGAAAGAUUAGAGACACAUCAGACAUAAAAGACAUGCUAAAGGUUUUAGAAAGAGAAAGAGCAGAAAGAACCCCCAAGUUUGGAGAGGCUGCUGCGCAUGGACAGUACCUAUUGGAACUGUGUAAGCAAGAAAGGUUCCCUGAAGAUGAAGUGAAAGUGUCCCUGGAAACACUGCAGGCUGAAUGGAACAGCAUAAACAAACAAAUAGAAGAGCUUCAUAAG